AUGCCGCCCAAGAAACGCAAGCAGGACGAUUCCGACGCGGAGGCGACCGAUGCCAAGCCCGCGCCGGAGAUCGAUAAGGCGCAAAUGCGGAGAUCGAUCGCGUUCAUCACUCAAUGCAUCUCCCGCUGCACGCAGGAAGAGCUGGACCUGGUGCUCGAAGCAGUAGAUAAAAGGCAAGAUCGCUUGUUGUUGCUCGCAGCCAACGCGUUUAAACCCGGCGACACGGUGACAUGGACGGACAAAAGAGGAAAUCAGGAAAGAGGAACAGUCAAGAAGGUCAACCAGAAGACCGUUGCAGUCACCAACCACCACGCGGAGUGGACGAUAAGCCCGGUACUGUUGAAAAAGGUGGAACGAAAGUGA